CAGUCGUUCCGCUGCAGGCAACCAGUCAUCACACAGGGCUCGUUGCACGAGAAGCAAAGCAGAGCAAAGAAAAGCAACGCAAGCAAAGCAAAACAAGUAAAGCAAUUAAGCAAUGCAAACCAAGUAAAGAAAGCAUGACAAGCAAAUCAGCGCAAAGGAAUGCAAGACAAGCAAAGCAGAGCAUAUCAAAGCAUAGCAAUGCAAAGCACCGCAAAGCAACGCAACGCAAGCAAAGUCAAGCCAAGCGAAGCAAACCAAAGCAUAGCAAAGCAAAACAAAGCAAGCAAA